AUGAACGUGGUCGAAGGAGUUUACGCUAACCAUGCACUACUGACAAUUAUAAAUGACUUGGUGGGUAAAGAGGUGUUGGUUGAGGCGGUUGACGGGGCAAAGUAUUCGGGAAUAUUUUGUGCGUGCUCUCCUGAGUUCGAUAUUGGUUUACGACACGCUUAUAAAAUCACUACGGGUAACAGCGAGAAUCUGCUGCCAAAGCGGGAGGAUAUGACCGCAAAAAUGCUGUUCAAGUUCAGUGAUAUCGUCGCUAUGUCUGCACUUAUGAACGAAGAGAAAGUUAUUCGAGGUUUUGCAACCGACCGUGAUUAUCACAUGAAGCAGCAAAAUGGACGCCUUGAAGGUGAGGAGCACGAGCUACAAGAGUGGAGCGCCGAUGAAGAAGGAGAAGAAAUUGAACCAUUGGAUCAAAUGCCCGAUCAACGCCAGCGAUAUCAACGCAACAAUGGGUGGAAUGUUGAGGAAAUGUUCAACACUAAUUCACAGAUGGGAGUACAAUCGACGUACGAGGAGGAUUUGCGUCAGUACACAACUGCCCCUGUAGAAGGAAGCGAAGAGGAUCGCCGCCGAGCAGAUCAAAUUGCCAGAGAAAUUGAAAGCAGCCAGCAAAGUAAGUUCAACGCUCGACUAGAGAACGAUGACGAUGAACGUGAUCUUGACAAAGUGACGACCGAAGAUGAUUUUGAAAUGCAGAACAAAAGAGGAAGCGGCGGAGGGCAGAGAGGCAACUUCAGCAAUCGCAAUCAGCGUAACGGGGCGAGUGGUCCACCCCUCGGAAAUCGCCGUACCGCCGAGGUGGUCAAGGGAAGUCAAGAGCGUCGGGGUGGUGGAACAACGGGAAGAUAUCCAACUCAGCAACACAAUAUGAAUUCACCGCAGAAUAGAGGGAUGCCGGGUAACAAAUAUGAGUCAAGGGCUCGCCCUACAGGUCAAGAACUGCAGGAAAACUUCAAUGAAUUUUCCAUGAAAGAAGGCAAUCCACGCAAAGAUCCGCCGCAAGGACAGACCACUAGGACAUACGAAAACAAGAAUCAGAACCAGUCGAACAAAAUUCUGCUGGAACCACGAUCUAGUGCUUCUCCUCGUGGUGCUCCCUCAGAUCCGAAAUCUCAGCCCGGAGCUGCUGCUCGCCGUGCUGAUGGUUUACGCGGAUGGAAUCAAGAAUUCAACAACAACUACCGUCCCGAGGGCAAGGUGGACACACCACGAGAGUCUCCGGCGCGUCCCGUCCCACCAGCUCCAUCCGGAAACGCAUGGGCACGAGGUCCACCGACAAGCGUCACAAAUGCUCACAAUUCAUCACAACAAGCCACGCCCACUCCAGCUUCGCCUUCUCAUGCGGUUGAAACUAGUCCGCAGGAUCCUAUGCCAAAUUCUACCCAUGACCAGCCGGCUGACCAGUCGCCUGCAACUGCCUCGUCUCCACGAACAGAGGGCAGCUCUCCAACAGUCGCAUCAGCUCCGGCAUCAAACACUCCAACAGCCUCACAUGAAGCGACUCCGGAUUCAGUUGCUGCAAGUGCAACCACAGAAAAAGAGGAAGGGACGAAAAAAUUCACUUUCAACGUCAAUGCCCCUGCCUUUAAACCACGUAGUGCUCAAGCUCAAAUCCAAGCUCAACAGGUCGGUCCUCCUCCAGGUGGGCCACCGCAGGCGAUGAUGGGUGCGGUCCCGAUGGUUCCUGCUGGAGUGCCAAUUCAGACUGCUAUGCCACCUCCUGGAAUGCUCCCUACCAUGCAAACCGGUCAGCCACCCGUUUUAGUUCAGUGGCAGGGUGCACCUGGGCAGCAGUAUCAAAUGCCCGGUUAUCAGUACGUUGUUACUGGCGGUCAGCCAGUGAGCAUGAUGCCAGGUCAACCUAUGGCAAUGGGGGGACCGCGACCAGGCGGACCUCCCGCGGUUGCAUUCCAGCAGGGUAGUCGAAGGCAGGUAAUGGUUCCACACACUGCAGCCCAAUGGCAACCUCAUGUAAUGCAAGUUGGCCAGGGAAUGGUUCCCUAUGCCUAUCAGUCUUUCUCUGUACAAACUGGUGCAUCCGGUGGUGGUAGUGGCGGGGUUGUUCCGCCUCCUCCGCCGCAAGGUGGUUUUGCUGGACCACAAGCUCCGCCUCCGCAGAUGAUGCCCGGUACCCCACAAGCGGCAGCCCCGCCGCCGGGCAUCUACCCACAACGUUUUGUUCCUGCACAGGGUUACGUCCUUCCACAAGCCGGUGUCCAAGGGCAGACCCGAUUCCCUACUCCACAACAAACUCCUCAUCAAGGGAUGGAAACAGCACAUUUCCCAGCCCAAGGAGCACCUGGAUCGGCAGCUGCGUCAACUGGUCCGAACAGCCAGCCACCAACACCAGGACCUUCACCAGCACAGGGUGGACGAGGCGGUUCUCCCGGCGGUCAACAGGCGGCCGCUAUGCAACAGUCCGUUGGACCACCGCCACCGCAACAAUUCAUGACGCCCGCCUCAGCGGCUCCACCGCCACAUUUUUAUGCGACGGCACAGCCGGUGUACGGCAUGUAUUCGGCGCCAACGGGUCAAGGUAUGGUCGUGUACGGUGGUCCUGGUGGUGUCCCUAUGGCAAUGCCACCAACACAUCAUGAUCCGUCAAUGAUGCAACAACCACAUCCACAACAAUCUCAGCAGCAGCAACAGCAACAACAAGGUGGUGGUGUGCCGCCGCCGCAUCAACAAUACGCUAUUCCUCAUGAGGGAUAUGGAAACUUUGUGCAAGCCGCCCCAUUCUAUCAACAGCCACCGCCCAAUCAAAUGUCGCGUCAAAAUUCAGCUCCACAAGCAGUAUACCAGCAGCAGGGACCUGGCGCUCCCCCUCCGCAACAGCAACAACAACAGCAGCAAGCACCACCUCCGAAUCCGCCUUCGACCGCGCCUCCGCAGCAGCAUCUCGGUUCAUUCUGGACGCUCGCAUGCGACCGUUGUGAGGUUUGUGCUUGCUCAAUCGCCGGCGACUUGCAAUCACUUGAACUUCGUUCUUUUUUUUUGUCGUCUUGUGUCCCUCAUUUCUUCAUGUUUUAA